AUGGCAACUAAAUUCCAAGAUCCGCAGAGGCUCCAAUCUCUAAAACAAUAUCACAUAUCCGAGGAAUAUGGGUUUAUUCUCCCUGAACCUCUGACCAAGCUUCCUCCCUAUUUCCAACCCUGGAUGGAGGUUGCCGGACACGUCAGCGAGCUCGUCUGCUCUCAAUCCCUACGUGUUUCUGUCCAUAAGAUGCCUCUGUUGGAGACUCACUUCCUGCAGAGCCAUCGUGAACUGCGAUUGGCCCAUCUGGCUCUGAGCGUCAUGACGAUGGGAUAUGUGUGGCAAGAAGGGGAGAAACACACAGUUCAGGUUCUCCCAAAAAAUCUGGCCAUUCCAUACUGGGAGGUGUCUCAGAGGUUGGGUCUGCCCCCAGUUCUCACCCAUGCGGAUGGCGUCUUGGCUAACUGGAGGAAAAAAGAUCCAAAAGGUCCACUUGACAUCGAGAAUCUGGAGCUGUUGUUCAGUCUGCCUGGUGGAGACAGUGUGAGGGGGUUCUUCCUGGUCACACUUAUGGUGGAGAAGGCCGCCGUUCCAGGAUUGAAGGUCAUCCCUGACGUGAUCGGCGGCAUUCGCCAUGGUGACGUAGCUAUGGUGACUAGAGCGCUCAAUAUCAUCAGUCAGGCCAUAGGUAGCAUGAAGGAGGCUCUUCAGCUAAUGCACGUUUAUGUGGAUCCUUCUGCUUUCUAUGGGAUUAUGAGGAUCUUUCUUUCGGGGUGGAAGGACAACCCGGCGAUGCCGGAGGGGCUGGUGUACGCUGGCGUCCGGGAUGAGCCGAUGGAGUUCUCGGGGGGCAGUGCGGCGCAGAGCAGUCUGCUGCAUUGCUUCGAUGAGCUUCUGGGGGUCAGACACGACGAAGAGAGUGGUGCCUUCCUCACCCGAAUGAGAGACUACAUGCCACCGUCUCACAAACGCUUCAUUGAGGACAUCUCCCGCGGCCCAUCCCUGCAGGCCUUUGUCGGAGCACGAGCUGUCCAGUCCCUGACGGAGGCUUACGGCCGCUGCGUGUCUCGGCUGGUGGACCUGCGCAGCUACCACAUAAGCGUGGUGUCGCGUUUUGUCACUGUGCCGGCAUCCCAGGCCAGGCACCUCCGGGCGGAGGCCAGGGCCUCUCCCGAGAACCACGGGGCGCUCGUCAGGGCACCCGUCGCACUGGAGGAGCGUGGGACAGGCGGUUCAGGAAUCAUGAGCUUCCUGAAGGCAGUGCGCGACCAGACCAAAGAUGCUCUGAUUACGGCGUGUGCGACAGAGAGGCGGAUCUCGACGGGCACGCAGGAAGUGACCUCGUAGAUCGCCAGUCUGACGUGUCACUCAGCUUCACACAACUGUUUGUUAAA